CUCUGGAAAACAUGACAGACUUCCACCGAGACAUCAGUCUAGUAAGAGCUGCAGCAAAUAAAUCUGACAGCAGGGAUGAGAACAGUCAGCAGAGCAUAACAUGGUUUUCAGAGCUCCUGUCACAUAUUCCUAAAGCCAUGCUGGAAAGCCACAAUGUCAGGAGCAUCCUGGAAAAGCUGUCCAGGCUUUGCGACAAGCAGGGCCUGAGGGUUCGGCCCAGUCACUUCCUGAAGGUUCUGAGCGGGAUCCGGAUGUGGGAGCUGGAGCAUACUAUUGAGAUUGUCCGGGAGCACAUUGUGCAGAUGUCGAAAGAAGACUAUGAAGCCUGGCUCCUGCCUAGAGUAGGACUUCCCCAGAGAGUGAGGAGCGCCCCGGCAGUGAGAUGAAGCCUGCCAGAGAGGAAGAGAUCCUGCAGCCUCUACUCAGCAAGAGUUCCUAUAGGUCUGUAACAGAAGAUGUUGCACAAUAUUUCUGCACAGGCUGAAAUCUAAUUCACAAUUCGUGUGCCAUGAGAAAGCUACUAGUCUUCAAACAGAUCAUACAAUUUAGUAUUUAUUUUUCAAGAAUAUUUUAGAAAUGGCAAUUUCCUCAGUGACAUGUUAAAGGUAAAGUUUAUAUUUCAUGUAUUUUUAUACCUUUGUAAAGAACAGGCACAGACUAAAAUAGAUAUCCUCCGCCUGCUGGAAGCACAAAAAAAAAAAUCUCUUUUUUAUUUUGCUUUCUGACUUAUACAUCAUAAAAAAAUGAAAUGCUGAAAACAGGGAAUUCCUGUAAUAUAGGACUUACACAGGCAUGUAAACAUGGCCUGACGGUGAAUUAACCAAUGCUGAAGUUUCAGGGAGCACUACAUUGUAUUUUGUAAAUAUUCCCAUCCUGGUCAAGGCUAUUUGGGGUUAUCUGUGUAGAACUUUUCAGGCUGCAGACCUCGUGCUGUGCGUUGAACCCCGAGGCGUCGGUGACAGGUGCGCUGAACCCCGAGGUGUCUGAGACAGGUGCGCUGAACCCAGAGGUGUCUGACAGGUGCGCUGAACCCCGAGGUGUCUGACAGGUGCGCUGAACCCCGAGGUGUCUGACAGGUGCGCUGAACCCCGAGGUGUCGGUGACAGCCUCUGAUGCUGACCGUUUGCAUAAGAGAUAAAAACUAUGACAUUAUCUAAGCAAAUGUAUUCCGAGACCAUUCCUUUAUGCUAUUUGGCAUUACUUACAAGUAAUUGCCACUUUUCUUGCGAAAUUGCCUGUCCUUUACAGUGAUAUAAUCAUUUUAAAAAAGCAAUUUUCAUGUGAUAAUGACAUGCACGACAGGAACACUUCCAGUGUUGGAAUGAUGAAGUAUUUUGUUUUAAAAUAAUCCCUUCAACAUUAAAAUAAAUAUUGAUAGUGGAACUUGUCGGGUCUAUUUAAUUUCACAGCUAUGCACUGUAGUGUAAUUCAGUUUAAAAUGGUCCUAUACUGUAAGAAAUCAUUGAAUUGCUUUACUCCAACAAAUGAAACUGCUUCCGCUUUCCUUGCUGUAACUGUUUAAAUGUUUUACUGCUUCAGCUUUACUUGCUAUAACAGUUUUGUUUCACUAGGGGGUGUGAUUGCAUUUAUGAUACUUUUAAUGUUUAUUGGAUGUACUUGUUUAUUGGUUAUGUAUUUGAAUUAUUAUGCAUUUUAAGAAUAUAUAAUUAAAAACAAUGUAAAUGGUGUGCUGUUAUGUGUCUUUUAAAAGCUAAAUGUGUUUUUCUCCUGCCCAUUCAAUGUACAAGAUUGA